ACAAGCUGUACUCGGAAGUGACGCUGGUUGUUGGAUCAUUUUUGUGUGUGAGCCAAGCAGAAAAUAAGUAUCAGUGAGAACCAAAAUACAAUACCCAAAAGUAAAGAGUACAGCCAAAGAACAGCAGUCGUGGGAAUUCAGAGCGUGCUGGUAGGACUUGAGCUGCAGGACAGGAGAGGCAGACAAAGAUGUGUUAUGGUUUUGAAGAGGAUCAAGACCAAUCCAAGUGAUUGAGAGCAGAAUCAACAUGCAUACCAGCAACAAAAAAUCAUUGCUAUUCCAUUUUACUUAAAAUAUCAUCCCAUUCAGGAAAUUAUUGCACCAUGCUAAUGGUUCUUAUUUAAUGCUGGCGUUGCUGCAUAAAUAAACAACUUGGCGUGUGUGUAUAGACGGCUAGCCACUAGUCUGUGCAUGACAGACAGGGUGACUCAUACCAUUGAUGAGUAGCCUAGGCUAUGAUUGAAUGGCAAGUUAAUAUGUGCUGAAAGUGGGUUUGCGAGCUUUUCACAAUGUGGUAUCUUCUGGAUUGAAAUCAAAGUCGGGCAUCUUUCUAGAGCUCCGACCUUUCAACCUAAAGAUCACUGACGAGAUCCCAGUUGUCUUGAAAGCGCCACAAGCUGUACUCGGAAGUGACGCCACUGCAUUUUGUGUGCAGUGAGCCAAGCAGAAAAUAAGUGUCAAUUCAACCAGAACCAGUGAGAACCAAAAUACAAUACCCAAAAGUAAAGAGUCUAGCCAAAGAACAGCAGUCGGAAACGGAGAAAUUACAACUUAUCUGAAAGGAGUGCAUUAUGAACCCAGUGUACAACCCUGCACCAACAGGGGUCCCGUAUGUCAACCCUAAGGGACAUUUAGUAGGAUACCCAGCUGGAUUUCCUGGGGGGUAUUCGGCCGCCCCUGUUUACACUCCCAACAUGUACCACCCUGGAGCCAACAACCCAUCCUUCCCCACAGGUUACGCUCCGGGCACUCCUUUUAAAAUGUCCUGCUCACCCACCACGGGGGCUGGCCCACCCUACUCCUCGUCACCCAACCACUAUCCUGCAGCAGUCUACCCUGUGAGGAGCACCUACCCCCAACAGAACCCCUACACACGGCAGCAAGGCACUUACUACACACAGCCUCUGUAUGCAGCCCCACCCCAUGUCAUUCAUCACACUACAGUGGUCCAGUCCAAUGGGAUGCCAGCAGCCAUGUAUGCCCCGCCCAUGCACCACCAGUCCCGCCCCCACAACGGCAUUGCCAUGGGGAUGAUAGCAGGGACCACUAUGGCCAUGUCAGCUGGAACUUUGUUAACGCAAUCCCCGACCCCCCUCGCCCCCCACCAAGUUACAAUGCCCACAUACCGACACCCAGGCGUGCCCACCUACAGCUAUGUGCCCCCCCAGUGGUAAAGUGAUGGCACUGUCAGAAGAUGGUAGAUAUGCAUUCACACUCCAGUCCAGUAUUCUACAGCUGGUGAUGAUGCACGCUCUCCGGUGUCUCGUAUCAGCUGUUUUUUCCUUCCUUCCUUCCUUCCUUCCUUCCUUCCUUCCUUCCUUCCUUCCUUCCUUCCUUCCUUCCUUCCUUCCUUCCUUCCUUCCUUCCUUCCUUCCUUCCUUCCUUCCUUCCUUCCUUCCUUCCAAGCAUACUGUGAAUCUGAAGCCCAACUACAAAACAACAAUAGGUCUGUUCAGAACAGGAUGAAGAGAAUAUUCCCACUCCUGACUAUUCCUGUUUUGAAUAACACUGUCCCAGAAUCCUUCACUCACUCUGCUGCAUAUCUUGCGUCUGACAGCUAAGUGUCCAUGCAAACUUGUGUUUUGUGUACUGCCCUGUGAUUUUUAUAGCUAACUUUGUUAAGUGGUGAAAAGGGAGUUUGAAUUUGUUUUGAUUUUGGCAUCCAUAUCGAGUUGAAUGCAUGUGUGUAUAUACACUGAGUGUAUAAAACAU